GUGUGAGUAAGUUGUUUACUAAUUAAAAUUCAUUUACUUUUGAAUUGAGACUUGUUUUGAAGUUUAGUUUACUGUGAACUUUGAUUCCAAUAAAUUCAUGACUAAUUUUGUUAUGGGAUUGCAUAAUCAGUUUAUCAUAAGAGUUUGUUAGGAAGAAUUUAAUGGAGGAAUUAGAAAGAAAGGUAUGAAUUUGUUUGAUAAUAUAUUCUGCUCCCAUAUGAGAUGUUGUGUGUUAGAUCUUUUCUCUUCUCAGUGCAGAGGUUGCACAAUUGUAACGGGUUUAUGUUUGCUUGUCGUUUCGAUCGAUUUCGAUUUUGUUUAUCUAAAUUCAAGCCACCUUAUGAAGUAAUCGAUGCUCGAAUUGGUAGUUCUACUAUCAUCUCAGCUAAAACAAUGUAUUCAAAUUAUUCACAAUCCAAUUUUACUAGCUUGUUGUGGUAUUCUUCCAAGACGGAUAGACCUUUUCGACGAGCUUAUAGAAAACGGGUUAAUAGAAGGCUGAGAUUAGCCAAUAAACCCGUGCUUAAUGAGGCUCGGUUUAAUGAAGCUAUAUCCCAACUUCCUGCAAGGUUUGAUGCUGAUGAUUUGCACGGUGUCAUUGCCUCGGAAGAUAAUUCUUUGGUGUGUUUAGAACUAUUUAAUUGGGCAUCAAGACAACAUAGGUUUAAGCAUAGUGUGGAUACGUACCACAUCACGAUUCAGAAGCUUGGGGUCGGGGGGAUGAUUGAGGAAAUGUAUGAUGUUGUUGAUCAAGCCCUUGCUCUUCCACAUUUUGGGUCGGAGCCUCUGUAUAAUACUGUUAUUUACUACUUCACUCAAGCCAGGAAGCUGAGUAGAGCUAUCACUGUGUUCAAGCACAUGAAGAAGGCCGAAAGCUCUGACUGCAGGCCAUCGAUUAUUUCUUACAACCUUUUGUUUGGUGCUUUUCUUAGUCGUAGAAGGGAUACUUAUAUCAGUCACUGGUAUAUGGGUACUAUGGAAUGCCUUUUUAGGCAAAUGAUUAAGGAUGGAAUAGACCCUGAUGUCUUCUCCCUCAAUUCGAUGAUACAGGGGUAUGUGCUUUCGAAUCAUAUCAAUGAUGCCUUAAGGAUGUUUCACCAGAUGGGUGUUGUUUAUAGUUGUGUACCCAAUGCAAUAACUUAUGAUAAUCUCAUCCAUGGACUAUGUGGUCAAGCCAGAACCAAAAAUGCUAGGGAGUUAUUGAGCCAGAUGAAGGAAAGGGGGUUUGUUGCUAGUGCUAAAACAUAUAACUCGCUUGUGUGUGCUUUGGCAAUUGAUGGCGAGGUUGAGGAAGCUCUGAGUUUUUUAUGGGAGAUGAUUGACAAGCAGAUUUUAUCUGAUCUCAUCACGUACAAGACGCUUCUGGAUGAGUUUUGCCGGAAAGGAAGAGCUGCUGAUGCUUUCACUUUGGUGAAAGAAUUGAAGAUGAAAAAACUUGUUAAUGAACAUAACUACAAAAUGCUAUUAAGUGGCUUUCAAAGAUGAUAUUGCAAUUAGCAGGAAUUGAGGAGUCCAAUAUGAUGUGAAGCUAUGUUGCUCAGACACAAAUCGAGUGACUACUCGGAUACGGGUGUCCGGGUCUCCGGCUCGGUUAUUUUGUAGAAAAAAGACAAGUUUUUAGUUUAAAAUGAAGUAUCCAAGUGAAGUAUCAUGUUGGACACGACACGACACCCGGUUUUUUAGGUAAAUGAAAGUGUCAGGAGUAACAUAGUUGUGAAGAAUUGUUCUUUUUCGUAAUAUUUGUCGGAUAAUUUAUCCAUGAUUGGACCUAUUGCUGGGUGUUGAUUUGAAGCUUCAGUAAGAGCCUGCCUGCUGGUGUUGUUACCCUAUUAGGCUCCCUUGCAGCAUUCGCUUCAAGGGCGGUUGUAGGUCUUUAGCUGGACAUUUUCUUGAAUGGUGAUACUCUGAGACUUUGAUAUUUCUCUUGUUCUACACAAUUGUUAUCUAUUUAAGGGUGUGUCUCUAUAACUUAUUUUUGCAGAACUUAUUGAAACCCGUUGAAGCUUAUAUUCAAUUUAUCUGGAAAUUAUUGGAUCUUAUCUGAACCUA